CGUGCAAGUCACGUGUUCAGUCGCUUUAUGAGGUGGUUGGCAGCCCCCUCUUCCGUCACCAGAAUUUGUUCGAAGAUGGUUGGGCGUUCUCUCGCCUUCUUCGUUAGCUUCCUCGCUUUUUCUGUCGUCGCUCUUGCCUCUUAUUGCUCCAUCACAGGGUUACCGCUUGUUAGGAAUAUCAGUGAGAUUCCUCAGGAUAACUAUGGAAGGGCAGGUCUUUCUCACAUAACUAUUGUAGGUUCAGUCUUGCAUGGAAUGAGAGAGGUUGAGGUAUGGCUUCAAACAUUUUCACCAGGAUCACGCACUCCAAUUCACAGGCAUUCCUGUGAAGAAGUUUUCAUUGUCCUCAAAGGGAGUGGCACUCUCUAUCUUGCAUCAAGUUCUCACGAAAGAUACCCGGGAAAGCCACAGGAGCACUUUAUCUUUCCAAAUAGCACAUUUCAUAUUCCGGUUAAUGAUGCUCAUCAGUUAUGGAAUACCAAUGAUCGCGAGGAUUUACAAGUGCUUGUUAUCAUAUCAAGACCGCCAAUUAAAGUGUUUAUAUACGAGGACUGGUCCAUGCCUCAUACUGCAGCAAGAUUGAAAUUUCCUUACUACUGGGAUGAGCAAUGUUUUCAAGCACAUCCAAAAGAUGAAUUAUAAUUGAAUCAGGCUUGAUUGCUCUGUCAUUUCCUUUACAGCUGGAAAAAUCAAAAUUAGGACGAGCUUUUCUUUUGAUGUAUUUUUACGUAUACCAUUUGAGUGAACGAAACCGGUAAAAAUGGAGACUUUAAACAUGUAUCUUAUACGUAUCCUAACAGAAGCCUGAUUGUCGAGCCGGUUAAGAAUAUUUACCAGAAUUGGAUCCAAGGGAAAGGGAUGAAGACAGGGCAUUUUAUUGGCAA